UCGGCUCAGAGCUGGCCGGCGACAGUUAGAACUGGGACCUGACUGUGCAAAAGUUCGCACGGGAUUUUCAAGUGCAAGAAAGAGAAUAGGAAGACAAUGGCCAACAAAGCACAGCAACCUCCUCACCUUCACCUGGCGGAACUGACCGCAUCUCAGUUCCUGGACAUUUGGAAACACUUCGAUACUGACGGCAAUGGCUACAUCGAGGGCAAGGAGCUGGAGAACUUCUUCCGGGAGCUGGAAAGUUCACGGAGAGGGUCAGGCGUGGACCCCACAAAUGCUUCCUUCAGAGAAAAGAUGAGGGAGUUCAUGCAGAAAUUUGACAAGAACGCAGAUGGAAGAAUCGAAAUGUCUGAGCUGGCUCAAAUUCUGCCCACAGAGGAGAACUUUCUGCUGUGCUUCAGACAGUUUGUGGGUUCCAGCUCCGAGUUCAUGGCGGCAUGGCGAAGGUAUGACACCGAUCGCAGUGGAUACAUUGAAGCCAAUGAACUCAAGGGAUUCCUCUCAGACCUUCUGAAGAAGGCCAACAGACACUAUGACGACCAGAAGCUGGUUGAGUACACGCAGACGAUACUGAGGAUGUUUGACCUGAACGGAGACGGAAAGCUAGGCCUCUCGGAAAUGGCCAGGCUGCUGCCUGUCCAAGAAAAUUUCCUGCUCAAAUUCCAGGGCCUCAAGCUGACCUCUGAGCAGUUCAACGCCAUCUUUACGUUCUACGACAAGGAUGGAAAUGGCUACAUCGAUGAGCAUGAACUGGAUGCUUUGCUCAAAGAUCUCUGUGAGAAGAACAGACAGGAGAUGGAUAUCCGGGACCUGGUGGGCUACAAGAAGAGCAUCAUGGCCCUGUCGGACGGAGGCAAGCUGUACCGGGCCGAGCUGGAGAUCGUGCUGUGCCGGGAUUCCAUGUUCUGAGGCCCCCGAAGGGCCACGUUCGCCCUUCCUGAGCCCCAGGAUCUCAGCAGCCCCUUAUUGCUUAGCUCUGCUGCCAUUUGCAUGUGCUGGAGUCGCGCUUCCAUCAUGUCCCGACGAAUGUGCACUGAGGUGCGCUGCCUGACCCCCUGCCAGGCUCCACCCUGCCCCCUCUCUCACCCUGCUCACUCGGCUCUCUGAAAUACAGUUAUUUUGCAGCUUUUUCAUUUGGUUUUUUAAAAUUUAAACAGUUUACCUGAAAAUAGAUGAAUAUACCUUAUUUAUGAUGGUAAUUUAUGGUAACAUUAACACGAUUAUGAAAAUUAUAUGAAUGAUGUGAGCAUAUCAUGGUGUUUAGACACUUAGUGAAAUUUAUAUUUUGAUUGAUAUCCUCUCAACCUGUUGAAGUCUGACAUCAAGUUCCUUGCCCUUGUGUCUAUGGUACCCCGUUUGGUUUUAAGGUUCUGGCUAGUUCUGUUUUACUGGAAUGCAUUUGACUCAAAAAUAAAUGGAUCACAGAA